AAGCAGUGCUCUGACCAAGGAUGCAGCGUUACGCACGCGCACAAGGUUACUGCGGGGCGGGACCUGGGGAGAAGCCCGGAACGGUGUGGGCGUGGCUGAGUUACGUCAUUUAUUCCCAGGUUCGGACCUUCUUGGGGAUUGGAUCUCGUGCGACCUCUAUCCUUGUCCCCAUCCCACUGAUAACUGUUCCAACGGCCCUUCUCGCCCCAGUCAAGGUGCAAGAACAGAUUAAGGAUGUCGUCUCUAGGGCUGUGUACAGAGGCUCAGGAGCGGCCCCUCCGAGUAAGCCUUCUGAGAAUACUGAACAUAAAAAAAGAAGAAAACAGGGUCUGCGUUCCGGACUUUGCGGUCCUUUAAGGUUGGACGCAAUCCUCAAUGCCCCGCCCCCUUAGUGGUGACGACAUCAGAAGGCGUCCUGAGGCGUCAGAGAUGCUGGACUCGUUGUUGGCCACUGGUGGUUUGGUGCUUCUUCGAGAUUCCGUGGAGUGGGAGGGGCGUGGUCUCCUGAAGGCUCUUAUCAAGAAAUCUGCACUUCGUGGGGAGCAAGUCCACGUUCUGGGCUGUGAAGUGAGUGAAGAAGAGUUUCGUGAAGGUCUCGGCUCUGAUGUCAACAGCCGCCUAGUUUACCAUGACCUCUUCAGAGACCCUUCGAACUGGUCACAACCUGGGGAAGCUGCUCCCGAAGGACCUCUAAAAGCCUUGAGAUCCAUGUGCAGAAGGACAGAUCGUGGCUCUGUCACCAUCGCCCUUGACUCUCUCAGCUGGCUGCUGUGUCACAUUCCCUGUGUUACACUCUGUCAAGCCCUACAUGCUCUGAGCCAGCGAAAUGUAGACCCAGGUGCAGGUGAUAACCCCCUGAUAGAGCAGGUGCGGGUCCUGGGCCUCCUGCAUGAAGAGCUUCAUGGUCCUGGCCCCGUGGGAGCAGUGAGCAGCCUUGCUCACACAGAGGUGACUCUGAGUGGUAAAAUGGACCAGACUUCAGCCUCCAUCCUCUGUCGAAGGCCCCAACAACGUGCAACUUACCAGACUUGGUGGUUCUCCAUUCUUCCUGACUUCAGCCUGGAUCUCCAUGAAGGGCUUCCCCUCCAUUCUGAGCUACACCGGGAUCCUCACACAACCCAGGUGGAUCCUGCCACUCAUUUGACCUUUAACCUUCACUUAUCCAAGAAAGAAAGAGAAGCCAAAGACAGCCUCACUCUGCCUUUCCAGUUCAGCUCUGAAAAACAGCAAGCUCUGCUGCAUCCAGUGCCAGGCCAGACCACUGGCCGCAUCUUCUACGAGCCAGAUGCUUUUGAUGAUGUGGACCAAGAAGACCCAGAUGACGACCUAGAUAUUUGACAGACAUAUAGGAGAGGAAGGCUGUGGGCUCAGAACCAUCCUGCUGUUAGCAGACUCUGCCUUGUCCCUAGCCUGCCUUUGUUGUUUUGUCUGGAGAGGCUGUGUCUUGUGAGCCAAGGAGCAGCAUCAAGCUGGGGCAGAAAGGGUGGUGAGAGUGUAGUAUAUGCCCAGAGAAUAAGAAAUCCCCUCCUCCCGUGCCCAUUUCUAAUAAAAUAUAUGUGUGUGUUACUCAAAA